ACGUAUACGCUAUAUGUGAGAUCAUGUGUCUACUACCAAUGACGUAAACAAAUCGCGUAGUAUACGAAGCAAAAUAAAUAUGAAUUUAUUGUGUCGAAUAUCUCCAAAACAUAUCAUUUCUACAUGUUAUAAAAUACAAACGAAUAAUUAUGCUAUACCAGGUUCAAAGGCAACACUUGGAAAGGUGACUGGAAAGAAAGCUAUGGUUUCAUCAAAGAUACAAUUCCCAGUUGAAAAGGAUACUAAUAAGUUAGUGAUGUAUGUCUGCGGAUCUAAUUAUCUUAAAGAAGGAGAGGAUAUUAAAUUGAAACCUGACUCUGAAUAUCCUGAUUGGCUUUGGACUCUCCCUCUUACACCUACGAAAUUAGAGGACAUGGAUCCAAAUACAAAACAAUACUGGCGAAAAUUAAGAAAACUUGCUAUUGUAAAUAGCAAUUUAAAGAAAAAAUUCCAAUAAUUGCAAUGAAGUGUCCAUAUUAUAUAUUGUUAUAUAUAAUUUAAUGACAUUUUCAUAAUAGGAAAUAUAUAAUAUAUCUAAUUAUGUAAA